AUUGGUGGAGGACGGAGUCUGUGGAUGCUGAGCAGUGACGUCGAGCAGCAGUGAUGGAGCCAAAGGCAGAGUUGAAUCCCCCGCGCAAACGUCUCACGCGACACGCAGACAGUGAGCAAACAAUGGAUUGGAAUCAAAUUUUAAAAAAAGUUCUAUGAAAGCGAAUCGAGAUCAAAACAGACAGACGACCACACAGAUUAACCAGAUAACCCUCUCGAUAACUGAUCCCAAAGUCUGACCGGAACCACCAGAGUUGGGCGAAACCGAAGUUGGUGGAUCUGCCUGCUAUCAUGUUGUCGUCUCGUGCUACGUGAAAGGAAUAAACUAUUAACCGGUAUUACUUACUGGCGGCUGAGUAUUAUAUGCGAUUGUUGAUGAUGAUGACGACGACGACAAGGAUGUUGUGAUUGAGCGGGUGCAGGACGACGACGACUUGAAAGAUCCCUACUGACUUUUGUGGAGAGAUGAAAUGAAAGGCGGAGGCAACAGCAGUAGAACAAUUAUUGGCAUUGUCCAAAUUCAUCAUCAUUGCAACCAAACAUUCCGAUUGGGUGGUUCUUCUUCUAAUAAUACAUAACAUUCACUAUUCAGAAUUACAUUCAGAAUCAUAAUUUGGAAGUAUUUGAGAACAAGAAGAGCUCACUCACACACACACAGGAGGAAACUUUGAGACUGUUUGAAAUACCUUUAUUUAGUACCAAAAAUUAUAGUAAGGUGUCAAUUGCAUAAACGCAAGUAUGGGAAACAAACAUAGUUGUUGUGCCUGGCGUGGAAGUCGACGAUCUGUGACUGAAGGAAAGUCGAAUCAUUGGCCAAAGGACAACCACCACGAGUUGGACGACUAUCCUGGUCAUGAUCCAGGGCACGAAUCCAUGAAAAGGGAGGAAAGCGGGCCCAACCUACAACACAUUAGUGAGCGAGAACCUGAUGAUUUAGAUCGUGACCCUUCCGUGCAUCCCUCGGCUACCACGCUCUUCAUUGAAAAGUCAAAGAGAGCUAUUCAAAAUGGCAUGAUCAGGAAGAAGAGUAUGAAUCAGAUCCAUGAUCCUAGCCCAUUGAAGAAGAGCUCGUCAUGUUCCACAAUUUUCCUGGAUGAUUCCACCGUCUCUCAGCCUAAUCUUAAGAAUACCCUUAAAUGUUUAAGUCUCGCAAUUUACUAUCAUAUUCGAAACCGCAACUCGGAAAGGGCCAUGGAUAUUUUUGACGAAAGGACCCACCCACUCUCCAAGGAUGGCCCCCCACCUGACGUCCAUAACCCCGAGCACCGGCAAAUUUAUAGGUUUGUGAGAACUCUGUUUAAUGCAGCCCAGCUAACGGCGGAAUGCGCUAUCAUUGCUCUAGUCUACUUGGAAAGGCUGUUGACUUACGCUGAGAUGGAUAUUAUGCCUUCAAAUUGGAGGCGUAUGGUCCUAGGCUCGGUAUUGCUGGCUUCAAAAGUGUGGGAUGACCAAGCCGUGUGGAAUGUGGACUAUUGUCACAUACUUAAAGAUAUCAGUGUGGAGGAUAUGAAUGAGUUAGAACGCCAGUGUCUCGAACUUCUUCAAUUCAACAUCAACGUUCCCUCGAGUGUAUAUGCCAAGUAUUACUUUGAUCUUCGGACCCUCGCCGAAGCCAACGACCUGACUCUUCCUCCCGAACCUCUGAACAAGGAUAGGGCAAUGAGAUUAGAAGCAAUGUCCAACAUGGCGAUGGGAAUUCGUGAUAAAUCCACCGCACCCACCACCCCCGACACGUCUGGCAUGAUGAUUCACAUCAACGGCUUUACAAACGGACAGGUGAUGCGAAGAUGGAACAGCUUGGAAGGAGUGUCCAACGGGUCUAAGUCAAGUGCUGCCAUUCUCUCAUAAUGCACAUUUAUUAACGAGACGUACCCUUUUUAUCUAGCAUUUAUAAAAUAACACCAACACGCACGUGUACUUUUUUAUUACUAUGUUAAAUCAAUCGUGUCGACUCCAGUGAUUUUGAGACUAUUCUUACUAUUACUAGUAGCCAAAAACCAAGUCGCUCCGUUGGAUGUGACAGGGUGGUACAGUAAAAUGACAAAUAUUACUCCUACGAAUUAUGUACUUUUACUGUCGUUUGAUCACAUUAAUUAUGAGUUUCUCUAGUCUUAACCUGAUGAUCAGAUAUGUGAGAUGGGACGGCAGACAUGUAGGUAGUAGAGGGGGAGCAGAGAGGAUAGUCCGCCUGACUAUUUAUUACGAAACUGACCCGGCUUGUUAUUCUGACUCGUCGUCGUAAGUGAUUUCAACAAUAUGAUGCCAUUUGUAUUACUUGUCAUCUCUCGUACUUUUUUGAUUAACUUUUCCAUAUUUUGUGUCAAUUUUUUUAUCAUAUGCACAAGUACGAUAGAACACACAAACUGCUAUAAUAAUGCGACCAAGAAAGAUGGUAUGAAGCAAGAAUGACGAUUACCAAACAAGUGAAUGCUACCCCAAUAUUACUCUAGAGAUUAUUCAAAGACUUUCCACAUAAUUUUAUGAGCUAACAACUAUUAUUAUUAACUAUGUAUUAUUAUACGACUAUGCUAUUUACUGCAGUAUGUACUGUACUACUUAUUAUAUAUAACUAUCAGUUAAUGAAUGAUACUUUUAACAUUUUGUCAAACCAGUAACAAGUAAUAACCAAGUCUAGAGAAUGAGAACUAUGAUUGAACUAUUUUUUAAGUGAAAUGAUUUGACACUGAAACAAGGUAGAAGUUAUACUGAAUUGUAUGGUGAUUUAUAUUUAUUUUGUCGAAAAUAAAUUUGUAGCAUGAUUGAA